AUGUCAAGCUCCUUUGAAAAGUCGGUCAAGGGCGGCACCAAGAUCAAACUUGCAGCGCCAAAGUCCAAAUAUGUCGAGCACAUCUUGGUCGCAACACACACCGGAGAUGCCGGCGUCGCAGAGAUCUUUCGCGCCUUGACCAACCGGUUGCGCGACACCACAUGGACCAUUGUUUUCAAAAGUCUCAUCAUCGUCCACCUCAUGAUAAGAGAGGGCGCCCCCGAGGUCACCCUCCGCCAUCUGUCCAAGAACCCACGCCACAGCCUCGCCCUGCAUCAAUUCACCGAGAUCCAAUCGCAAGGUCACAACAUACAAACAUAUGCAGAGUAUCUUUUGCAUCGGGCCAUCGAGUUUGGAGCCAUAAAAGUCGACUAUGUGCGCGGCGGUGAAGGACGGCUCAAGCGGAUGACUGUGGACAAGGGCCUGUUGCGCGAGACGGAGAGCAUACAAACUCAAAUCAAAUACCUAAUUCGAUGCGAGCCAUUCCACGAUGAGCCGGAAAACGAGAUUACGCUGACUGCCUUCCGUUUACUCACCAUGGACCUCCUCGUGCUUUUCCAUGUCAUGAAUGAGGGAACCAUUAAUGUCCUUGAACACUACUUCGAACUGUCCAAGCCGGAUGCUCAACGUGCCUUGAAUAUCUACCGUACUUUUGUCAAGCAGACUGAGGCUGUCGUCCAGUAUCUGAGUGUAGCUCGGUUGCAUGAGCAUUCGACACGAUUGGAAAUCCCAAAGAUCAAGCACGCCCCUACCAGUCUGGCGAACGCAUUGGAGGAGUAUCUCAAUGACAAGGAUUUUGAGGUGAACCGCAGACAAUUCAUUGCCGAGAAGGAAGCGAAGAAGUUGGGAGGCAAAUCGACCAACGGAGCCAGCAAGCCACUGGGAGAAACAAAAUCCACGCCCGCACCGGCGGCGGCAGUCAAUCAAGCACCAGAAUUACCGAAACAGGACACCAGCCUUCCUUUAAUUGACUUGUUCGGCUCCAUUGAAAACAACCAGCAGACUAUGGCUCAGCCUAUGCAGCAAUUCCCACAACAGACCGGCUUCCAGCAACCUAACGCUCAGAUGCAGCAACAACCAGGUAACAUGGGCUUUCCUCAGCAGCAGCAACCGAUUUUCAACCAACAAACUGCUCAAUCUACGAAUCCUUUUGCGCAAAUGCAGCAACAACAGCAACAGCCGCCUCAGCUCCAAACGCAGUUCACAGGUGCUGGUUUUGGUGGCUAUACGCCCCAACCUUUUGGCAAUCAGAGUUCCCUUGGAUCAAUACCGCAGAAUGGUAUGGCCGAUUUCUCGCAACAGCCCUCACAACAAUUCCAGACCACGGCUUCACCACUGCAGCCGCAGGCGACAUCUACCAACCCCUUCCGGCAGUCCAUGCUACCACCCCAAGCAACUGGUCUACCGCCCCCACCCGUGCUUGGAAAUUCCACUGGCUCCUCCUCCCCCAUCGGCCGACAAGGGACCAAUCCCUUCUCAAAACCCCAAUCGACCCUUUCACCACCCGGUUCAUCACACUUCUCUGCCUCACCCAUGCAAUCGCCACAGCAACCGUCACCUUUUGCGCCACAGCAGUCUCUGCAACCACUGCAACCCGCUCCUACAGGGACUAAUCCCUUUGCGCGCACCGCCUCGCCCUCUCAGGGCACACCAUCUCCUCAAGGAGGUCUUACCGUCCACGCAACUGGCAGUACAAAUCCAUUUCGUCAAAGCGCAUUCGUGAAUCAGCAGACAGGACAGGGCUGGCAGAACAGUGGUUCGGGUAUGCUGGGAGGAAUGAGCGUCGAUCAAGUUCCAACCACAAGCGUGUUCCCGCGUCCAGGGCAGCAGCAGCAGCAGCAGCAGCAAACGCAGAACUUUUUGGGCUAG